AUCGUUUUUAUCAUUUUUUUUUCUUAUAAAAUAAAAUAUAUUGGUUUGUCCUUCAAUAAUAGGAUCAGUGUUAGAUUACACUCGUUAUUUAGGGUUUUAAAAUAUUUCCGGUGCGAUUAUGGCGGCAACGGCAGAAAGUGUAAAACAAGAUAUGCCGCCCAAAGGUGGCUAUCGAAAGAUUAAUUUUGCUCGAGUAUUCCCGAAACCAUUUGCAAGCUCUAGAGCAUUAGUUGGUACAUAUAUGGUUUGCACUGGUGUUGGCUGGUACCUAUAUCUAUUAAAUGACCGACAAAUUGACAAUUACCAAAUUGAAUCACGUAAUGCUAUAAUUGCUAUAUCACCCCUUUUGGAUGCUGAAGCUGAUAGAGAGUAUUUAAAACAAUUGAGACGGAAUCGUGAUGCUGAAGAAAAAUUAAUGAAAAAUGUGAAAGGUUGGGAAACAGGUACUUUAUAUGGUGAACCUAUAUACAAAACAGUUGAUUCAAAUAAACUCAUUGAACCUGGUUUAAAUGAGUACUAUGUGCAUGCUCCUCCAAAAACAUUGUUGGACCGAGCAUACUGGCAUAAGUAUUUGUAAAUGAGUAUGUAAUUUCAACAUCAAUCAAGAUACAAAAAUAUUUCAGCUUACAGUGUUUUUUUUUUUUUUUUUUGUUAGUUAAAAUAUAAUUAUAUAUGUAA